GGUUUAGUCUGGGCGUGCAUACAGUUCACUAUGCUUUAGUCACUCUUGUACGCCGAUUGAUGGCGUUCUCGUUGCACCGACUCUGUAUAGAACAUCUUCUUGCGGGAAUCAUUAGCAUUGUUUGCUGUCUUUGUUAAUAUCUCAAUUUGUCUCUCUGAAACAUAUAUAAACCCCCUCUCUCAACCACCUAUCCAUCCACUUUUCCUCAUCAACUCUUCUCUCUUUUUACUACUUCUAUCAAUAACUCUUCAGCGCCGGCCGCUCUAGAUUUGCUUUCAAAACUCAAACUUUAAUCUUUUCUCUUUUUUACAAAACUCAAUCUUUUUUAUUCAAAAUGGUUCCAAUCAAAUCCUUGGUCUUCUUGGCUCCUUUCGUCGUUGGCUUUGUUGCCGCAAGUAACGAUCACAACUCAAACGUCAACAACUCAAACUGGGAUAACUCUCACUCUGAAACAGAUAUCAACCAAGGCGCAUUCAUGUCUUGUGGUAUGCACUCUCGCAGUAUUAUCACUGGCGGAAUUGGUGGCAGCGGUAACCAAGCUCAAAACUCUUGCCGUAGAUCAGAAAUUAUGGAAGAACACUUGGAAGCUCGUGAUUUGGAUGCAGGAUUUGAAGCAUUUGACGCUUUAACCCGUCGCAGUAACGAUCAUAACACAAACGUUGAUAACUCAAACCAUGAUAACUCUCAAUCAGUCACUCAUGGAAACGGUGGUGCAGUAUUGCAAUGCCGUCGUCAAGAUAUCAUUACAGGUGGAAUUGGCGGUAACGGUAACCAAGCUCAAAACUACUGCCGUCGUUCUACUCAACUUGCCAUCAAAGACCUUGGUGCAGUUUACCGCCGUAUGGUCGAACGUGACUUGUCGGCUGAAGAAGCAGAACACGGUGCCGCAUUCUUGCGUCGUCAUGCUACAGAAUUGGGCUUGCUCAGCGCUUAAUUUCAACGUCUUUUUUCCAUUUCAUAAUAUCACACUUUUAGCAUUC